AUGGAGAUCAACAAAAGUAGUUCCAUCAUAAUCAUUCUGCUAGUCUUUGUCUCAAAUUUGACCCAUGCCAAGGCAUAUCAUGACCUGCACUGUGGCACCAAAGGAACCAGAUGCCAUGGAAAGAACAUCAAGUGUCCAGAUGAAUGCCCCAACAGUGAAGCAUCAGAUCCUAAGGCUAAGGUUUGCCACAUAGAUUGCAACAAACCUAUUUGCAAGGCUGUCUGCAGACAUCGCAAGCCAAACUGCAAUGCACCAGGAUCAGGAUGCUAUGAUCCCCGUUUCAUCGGUGGAGAUGGUAGAGUCUUCUACUUCCACGGAAAGAGCAAUGAACAUUUCACCUUAGUUUCUGAUUCCAACCUUCAAAUCAAUGCUCGCUUCAUUGGACACAGGCCUAGUGGUAGAGCCCGUGACUACACUUGGAUUCAAGCCCUUGGAAUCCUCAUCAAUUCCCAAACUUUCUCACUUGAGGCCACCAAAACAGCCCAAUGGGAUGAGAAUGUUGACCGUCUGAAACUCACCCAUAAUGGGAACAAUGUAGUCCUAGCUGAAGGUUCUCUCUCCACUUGGUACUCUCUAGAAAAAGAUGUCAAAGUGGAGAGAAUAGCAAGCAAGAAUAGUGUCAUUGUUACAUUGAAAGAUGUGGCUGAAAUAUUGGUUAAUGUUGUGCCAGUAACUAAAGAAGAUGAUAGAAUUCAUAACUACCAAGUACCUUUUGAUGAUUGUUUUGCUCAUUUGGAAGUUCAGUUUAGGUUCUUUGCUUUGUCUCCAAAAGUUGAUGGUGUGCUUGGGAGGACUUAUAGGUUGGAUUUUGAGAACCCAGCAAAGGUUGGUGUGGCAAUGCCUGUUGUUGGUGGAGAAGACAGCUAUAGGACUACCUCCUUGCUUUCUCCAAAUUGUGCUUCUUGUGUGUUCUCGCAGGGAAGUUCAUUUGAGAAAGAGACCCCCCAAGUGGUACAAUAUGGCACCCUUGAUUGCACCGAGUUUUCAUAUGGGUUGGGAAUUGUUUGCAAGAAAUGA